GUUUCUCUACUUUAGUUUACUUUCUUUCUUACAAUAUACCAUCUUACUACCUAGUAUCCAUUCUUCCUUUGUCUCUUAACUGUCAUCAAGGCUGAAAGCAUCCGUGCCCUAGGGAUUUUAGUUUCCCGGUCCUAGCGCAGCGGCACGCUGCAGUCAUCAUUUUUUUCCGAGAUGGGCGCCAGAUCCGACCAUGGAAACGCGGGCCUUAUUAUGAGUAGUGACAAGAGCCAGGAAGGAAAUGAGUACCAUUCCGAAUUAUAUAUAUUCCAUCUAUCAUGACUUCCGAGUGAUCUCAACCCAUUCCCUGGGUCACCACUAAGCGAAGCAUAACCGCCCUGCCGACACAGGCGCGGCAGAAUUUGUCAUGCACCCGGGACGGUGGGAACGCGCGCAUCUCCAAUGGAAAAGCGCCUGGAGUCGCUGGGACGAGGGAAAUGGAUGUCUCAGACCCGCGCCUCACCUGGACACGGUUGAUCAGCCUUCCGAUUGGUCUCGCUCGUGACGCCGUCAUUGCCGAUCGCGCGCCAACUUCCCCUUUCUCUUUGGGGAUUACUCUAUAGUACUUUUCUUUCUAUAGGUCCCCUUAUUAGUCUCUCUUCCCCCCCUCCUCCCUUUCAGCGUGUUUUUCCCUUUUCUUUCCCUUUUUCUCUUUGAUCUCAUAAUCUGCCCUAUCUCGCCCCACUCUUAACUUGCCGCGCUCUAGUAUCUAUCAGACUUUAACUCUUUCUUUUCUUUUUUACCUUUUUACCUAUGGAGAAUUGUUUAGGUUUUCUUUCUAAAAUUUGAGCCUCGGUAUCUCUGUCUAUUCAGAUGACGGCCCUUGCAGCUGCACCCGUGAUGAAUGGCCACGAUUCCGGUACUGAAACAGGGACGGAACAUAGCCCGUCCCGCUUUACUGCAGUCAAUGGCAGAGAGCUUGUGAUCGGCGGGAAUCCCGGAGAACGUGGUCUCCAAGAAAAGACCAAUACGGAUCGGCGAGAGGACCGGGGAGCAAAAGAUCCUGAUGAAAGGUUGUCCCAGAGAUCUUCGCCUCCGGUAUCCAGCAAAAAUAAGAGAAAAAGAUCAGAAUCACGAGAUCAAGAAUCCUUAAACCACGAGGGAGACUCUUCCAGAAGUCCUGGGAAUCGUCCUGAAAUCCAAUCCAACCCUACGAUGCCAGGAUCGGUAUCAGAGGAACGGGGCAAUCAAUCAGCAACGCCUUCGCAUCGGUCCGAAGGCAAUGAUGCGGGCCAGACAUCAGCGAACAGUCCUUGGUCAGAAUAUGAUUCUCAGCUGAUCACUCAAGCACAACGAGCCCAACAGAUUGAUGCCUCAGAUGCCCAUUUGGCGGAUGCUCUGCAACGGGAGGCAAGCCAUGAGAGACCCGGUGUAAAUCGCUCUACGCCGGGCGCUCAGGCUUCGUCUCCCGGAUAUGCGCCAGAACGGCAUGGGGCGAUGCAGGUGGCUCCCAAAAGGAAGCGGGUAUUUAGUAACCGAACAAAGACAGGCUGCAUGACCUGCCGCCGCAGAAAGAAGAAAUGCGACGAGCAACAUCCGGCAUGCAACAAUUGUCUUCGUGGCGGUUUUCUGUGCGAAGGAUACUCUUCACGGAGCACCUGGCAAAAGCCAUCCAGCACAAAAACGCCUGUCCCGUUGCAAUCCAAAGAAGGGUACCAAGACAUAAGUGGUCCGUAUGUGCAGGAAACCACUCGACACCAUGAUCGACAGCCCGCCCUGGAGCAUAUGGAGGUGACCAAAAUAAGGCCCCUGGUAGUCGAAGAUAACGAUCGUCCUGUGCCACAAUACAACUCGAACAACACAGGAUCUAGUCAUGGAUGGUCAAAACAAGGCUGGCCAGGUGCUGGCCAUCCGCCUUAUGUAUCCGAACCGAUGGCAAAGCCCGACUAUCGGGAAGUUCCAUCCAUCCAUGAACUAACGCGAGAGGGACGAUCCAAACCCGACUACCCCGUAGUCCCAUCCAUUCGGGACAUAGGUCACGGAUCUCAUCCGAAAUCCAAUUUGCCUAUAUUCCAGAGUGUGGAGCAACGGACCUUGCCCGUUGCGUCGGUGGAUACGAACAGCCCGCAGGUGCAAGCCCGCAUGGCACUCAGCAUAGAGCAACAGUUGUCUGCUGAUACCGAGAAGGAUAAAAUGAUCCGAGGUGACCUCUAUCGGCCAUUCGACGUUCAUCUUGUUGAGGACCGGGACCGUUGUCGAGGCGCACUGUGGAGAUUCAACAACGCCUGCAAUCCACUCACCGGAGUCAGCACAAAAGAGCAAAACCGACUGCUAAAGGAACUGAUUGUACCCCCAGCAAGUUCCUUUGUCAAUUCACCAGGUGUCGGUGAAUUUCGAUCUGUCGGGUCCAUUAGCCAAGGAGUGGUGGUUGAGGCACCUUUUACCUGCCAUUAUGGAUACAAUAUUCAUAUUGAAGAGAAUGUCAUGAUCUCAGAGAAUUGCCUGUUUGUGGAUGACUGUGGCAUCCGCAUCGGUUGUCACACCUGGAUAGGUCCCAAUGUCAAAAUACUUACUUCGACGGCUUCUCCUAACAUGCAGGAGCGCAAGGGCUCGCAGAUUCGGUAUCAAGGCCGCCAAGUCAUUAUUGAACAGGAGUGCUAUCUCGGCGCAGGGUGCAUCAUCUAUCCGGGGGUCCGCCUUGAACGUGGUGCUUAUGUGGCCCCGGGAGAGGUUGUCAGGACAAAUGUUGCGGCUUACACACAUCAGGGAUUGAAACCCAACUUGAUGUGAAUGAAGUUAUGUGUAAUUGUAUGUGUGGAGGCCAGGACAGGCUAUACCAGCCCUGGAGGUCAUGAGCCGACGAACAGAGUUAUGAUUUGAGGCCCUUUUUCCCUUUUUCCUUUUUUGGUUUUAUUUCUACGAUAUCCACUGUCGCUAACGAAUGGCUUCCUUGUAUUUAUUAGCCCUAUUUCUUUGGCGAGCCGGUGUCGUCUUGCAGUACAUACACAAAGCUUCUGCAUGGUCUUCCAUAUCUUGAUUCUGAUAUUUAGUAUUCCAAAGCAAGUCUAGUGCCCUCCAGGGCUACUUUCCCACGAUUUUUUUCUACAGAAUAGGAAACUCCACGUCUUAAAAUAGAAG